AAACAAGAGUCUAACCAGGUUGCAAGCAGGGCGGAGAGGACGAUUCACAAGUUUUUUCCAAGCAAAUAUACAAAUUACUCGAAUAUGGACAUUAGCUUUUCUGGGAAACGAAUUCUUGUCACUGGAGGAGGACGGGGAAUCGGGCGGGAGAUCUGUCUCACCCUCGCAAAAUGCCCCCAGGUAACUGUGUUCGCCCUGAGUCAAGGGAAAACACAUCUCGACUCUCUGAAGGCUCUAGCCCCCUCCGUGAACAUUGUCCCUGUUGACCUUGCUGACCACGAGGCGACGAGAAAGGCAGUAGCCGCAAUCCUCCCCAUCCAUGCACUUGUCAACAAUGCAGGAGUGGCACACCUGGCAUCCUUUCUCGACAUGGAAAUGGACGCCUUUGACAAAGUAUUUGAGGUAAAUGUAAAGGCCGUUUUCAACGUGAGCCAGGUCGUCGCAAAAUGCAUGGUGGAGCAGAAGAUUGCUGGAUCAAUUGUUAACGUUUCUUCUCAGGCCUCACAAGCGGCUCUGCAAGACCACGCCGCUUAUUGCGCCAGCAAAGGUGCUGUUGAUAUGUUAAGCAAGGUCAUGGCCUUGGAACUGGGGCCGCAUAACAUUCGCGUCAACUGUGUCAACCCCACCGUUGUUUUGACGGAAAUGGGUCGGUUGGGAUGGUCAGACCCGGUGAAGGCGGGACCCAUGCUGGCUAAAAUUCCGCUGGGUCGAUUUGCAGAGGUGUCUGAAGUCGUCAAUGCAGUUCUGUUCUUGUUAAGUGACAAAGCCUCCAUGAUAAAUGGGAUAACUUUGCCCAUCGAUGGAGGCUUCUUGGCCACAUAAUUCUGCAUCUCUUCCCAGUUCAAAAUUUCAAGAAAAAAUUCAACAAUUCAAAUAAAAUCAUCAAAAUUUUAAAUAAAAUUAAUUUACAUAUUUUU